AUGGCGUCCCUCCGCCCCCCCAUGCUCCGUCACCUCCUCUCCAGCGCGGCCCGAACCCUCCGCGCCUCCCACCAACGCCGCUGGGCCCAAGUCCACGACAUCCGCCUCCUAGCCACAACCCAACAACCCCUCAACACCCUCGAAAAAUACCGCGAAAAGCUCGCUCGCAAGGCCCAAGAAGAAGGCUACGAGACAAUCGAUUCCCUCAAAGCCGCCUACGCCGAGAAGAUCCAAAAACUCCGCAAAGAAGCCGACGUUGUCGUACCCCCAACGCCCCCACCAUCACCACAAUCCCCAUUAUCACAACCAAACUCACCUGCACAAUCACCACCACCCCCACCACCGCGAACCCCCUCUAAAAAAAUCGACUCCUCCGGCAUAAAACCCCUCUCCUCCGUCCUCGACCUCCCCAAAGUCUCCUCCCUCCCAGAAAAAGAACUCACCGCCAUCUGGCGCUUUCACCACGCCUCCAAACCAAACUCCCUCUGCGCCGGUGAUCCCUUCAGGGAACUACUCCCAGCUCGAAGCCACCGCGCGCAAAAACCCUCACUU